AAUGUCGAAGACACUCUCAGAUAUUUUAUUCGGCCGUGCGGUUAUCUUGAAGACACUGGAAUCUGGGGCUCCAGAGCACAGCCAUUUGUUGCGGCAUCGCUUGAAGAAUUGACCCGAAAGUUCUUGGCAGUCGAUAUUUAAGCACUGGGCAACGCUGUGGCUCCCAUGUCACAAAACCCAGGCUAUAUCCACUUUGACUCUGCAAUGCCAGCACGACGCCGCCAAUUGCAGUUGCUGCUCUCAUACGCCCCCGAUUGGAUUAUUACCUUCGCCCUAGCAGCUAUUUUCUUCUCUCUCGACAAGAUCCACGGCUUUAGACGUCAGUUCUCCGUCCAGGACACUUCGUAUGUUUCCGCGCAGCAUCAUCCCCUUACAUUGACCCCGGACCGUCCUUUCAAGACUUCGUCAUACGUUCGUGCUUUCCGAUUCAUUCUCCUCCGCUCAAAUGAUCAUCGUGUCUUAGGUAUGCUGUCCAUGAGCGCGUGCCAAAUCUUGGUACCUCUCAGCUGCUCCUUUACUGUGAAGACCUUGAUAUAUACUAUCCUAGCCCUCUACCUCAUCGCUGUCGUUGCCCCUGUUGUGGCACAGGUUCUGAUCAAUGCAGGAUUCGUCCGCAGUUGGUGGGAUCUCCAUAACAGUCUGUUGGGACGUCAGUCAAUGCUCAAAUUUCACAUCUGGUACCAUGUUGACGUCGAUGUAGUCGUCCUGGCACUGGCUCUUAGCGGUUCUAUCACGCAAUUCACCAAGUUGACGGUAGGCCGGCCUCGUCCCGACCUUUUGGACCGCUGCCAGCCUACCGCGGGAUCUGUCGACCCUAUCUAUGGGCUGUCUAAUUCGACGAUCUGCACGACACCAAGCGACGACUACAUUAUGCUGGACGGUUUUCGGUCUUUCCCGUCUGGUCACGCUACUCUCUCCUUCGCUGGACUGGGCUUCUUGGCAUUCUAUAUGGCAGGCAAAUUGCAUCUUUUUGAUCAGCGAGGUUACGCGGCCAAACUAUGGAUCUUUCUUACCCCUUUCGCCGGUGCUGCUUUAGUUGCCAUUUCGAGAACCAUGGACUACCGCCAUCACUGGCAGGAUGUCCUGAUCGGUUCGAUUCUGGGGACUGUCGUGUCGUAUUUCACGUACCGGCAGUACUAUCCCAGUCUGUCGUCCGACGUGUGCCAUCUUCCCUAUGCCCCACGAAUCGCCAAGGAGGAGCCGUCUACCCACCAUCGCCCAUCGAACUCAUUCCGCCGUUCCAACGACGAAGCUGAUGUUUACCAGGCUGGACCUCUCGAAGGCACCGUACGUCGCGAUGCGCCGAGAGACGGCUGGCGACAGGACGAGGAUCCUAGCUCGUUGUUGCCCAGGAGAGAGGGAAUACCCAUGGAAACCGUCUAAUGUACAUAUUAUUUCAUUACGACUAGUCCUCGACAAUCAAAUCCACGACGUAGUCAUCG